UAUCGAAUACUGUCCGAAUUAGCUCCUCCACCACCAUGGCUAAUACUAUCACUUUCCGAACGUCUCUCACUCAAAACCCUAUAAUCUUCGAAGCUCUGCGCCCACGUCCAUCUUCUCCGUCUUUGUUAAAGAUAAGCUCCGGCAUGAGAGGAGGAACUAGAAAACCCUUAUGGAGGAAAAGGGUAUUAUCAUCGGAGGCGAUACAAGCUGUUCACUCCCUGAAGCUAGCCAAAUCUCCUCUCAAAUUACAGCAAGUCUUUAGUAGCAAGAUCGGUCGGCUUUUAAAGGCCGAUUUAUUGGACGCCUUAACUGAAUUGCAAAGACAGAACGAAAUGGAAUUGGCUCUCAAGGUAUUUGAAUUUGUAAAGAAGGAAGAAUGGUAUGAACCAGACACGUCUCUGUUUUCCAAUAUGAUUAUGAUAUUAGGUAAGAACAAACAGAUUGAGAUGGCUGAAAAGUUAUUUAGAGAAAUGGUUAGAGAAGAAGGGUUGAAACCUGACACUAGUGUUUACACUGAGAUGAUUGGAGCAUAUCUAAGAAUUGGGAUGGUGACAAAGGCUAUGGAAAUGUAUGAGGAAAUGAAAGUAUCUGGUUGCCCUCCUGAUAAGUUAACAUUAACCAUUCUGAUCAGAAAUCUUGAAGCGUUUGGAGAAGAAGAGCAUCUAGCUUUUGUAAAGAGAGAAUGCGAUCAAUAUGUCGAUCUUCCUAGGAAGUUCCUUGAAGAAGUUGACAUGAAAUUUCCAAAGCGAAGGUCAUUGGAUUUUGCUUGAGGAUGGUGUGGACAUUUUGCUUGCUGAUGUCUUUUAUUCCAAGUGAAAAGCAUAGCUAAGGUUUUCUAAUAUAAGCAUAUCUGGUUUAGAUAUAGUUCUACAAUGUUGAAACAUGUUCCUUUUCAAUAUAUAUAAAUUCAUGUUCAUGUUCUUUUUUCAAAUGUCAAUUGAUUUUUAUGCAGACAGUGGUUACUUUCUGAAAUCUGACUUAUUUCUUUUUCA